AUGAAUUCAUUUUUACGACACCCAGGGCCAAAAUCAUCAUUUAGAAAUGAUACGACAAAGGUAAACAUUAUAUCAUCAUCAGCUCCGAGUUCAAAAGGUUUAUCUUCUUCAUUAUCUUCAUCUGCAUCCUCGACAAAAUCAAGUUUAUUGAGUGAAUUGAAUCAUUAUGCAUCAGUUACUUCAUCUCAAACUGCUAAUUAUUAUCAAGCUUACAAACAUCGUUCCUUUUCAUCAUCGAGCUAUGACAAUAAUCAGAAUAAUUGGUUUGCUCAAUUUAAUACUAAAUUAAAAGUUGUUAAUGAUAUUUAUAUAAUUGAUUCAGUUGAAUUAUUAAAUGAAUUUUUUCAAUUUUAUUAUCACAAAAGAGUUAACUAUUCAGCUUCAAAUUCAAGAAACUUGUUUCCUUAUUUACAUGGUUUAGAAAACUAUGAACAAAGAAGAUUUUAUCUUGAAGAUGGCUCAAGUAAUGAUUUAAAUGAAAAAAUUGGUAAACUUAAUAUCAAUAAUGUCAUUUUUGUUAAAACUGAUGAAGCUAAUGAAAUUCCUAAUUUAAUUAAUUCUAUAAACAUAGAAGAAUUGAAAGUUGAUGGUAUUUACCAGGGUUUAAAUCAGUUGCAACAUGUUACGUACACAAAUUUACCAGUUGAUUGUCGAAAUUUUAAAAAUCAGAUUAAAUUAUUUGCUUCAUUAUCACAUUUCAUGGUUUAUAAUUACUCAAACAAUUCAAGUUCAUCAUUUGCAACAAUACUAAAAACUAUAUCACCUGAUAAAUUUAUUUAUAGUAUUGAGAUUCCAGAUUGGUGGUGUUAUUUAGAUGGCUGUUAUUUUGAAGAUGGUUCAGAUGAUUUAAAAAUUUAUAAUAAUGGUUUUUUGGGUAGUGAUUAUAAACCUUAUAACUUAAAUCAUCCACUUAAGUAUCUCAAUUAUGAACAAAAUUUGAUUUGGAGAUUGUAUACUAUGAAAUGGAUUUGCAAUAAUAGAGUUGGUGUCGGUAAUAGUCACGAAUAUGAUGCAAUGUCUAAAAAAGGGUUCAAAUUAUUUAUUCAUUGUGCUGAUAACCACUCCUUACCAGCAAUGAACCAAAUUCAAUUAAUCUGGCAUGAUUAUAUACUGGGAAAUAACAAUUUAAGUGAAUACCAUUUAGAUUUACCAUCUUCAAAUUUUUUUCAGUUAGAUGGUUUUUCAAAUACUGAAAUGAUGAUAGUAUUAAAUGUAUUGAAAUUCAUUGAGAGAAUUAGUAGGGUUAAUAAAGUUUUUGUUUAUUGUCAUGAUGGUUACUCUGCAACUUCAAUUUUAAUUAUUGCUGUCACUCAAUUGUUAUCAAAGAAAUCAUUAGAAGAAUCAAUCAUAUUGUUAAACCAACAAGGUAUUAAGUUGUUUUAUAAUAAUUUCAAUUUGGAGUUCUUGUCGGUGUUGGAAAAUUUCAUUGACUUUUUAUCUAAUUUCCUAAUUCAAGAAUUUCCCACAAUUAUACCAAUAACUUCACUUAAUUUAUAUGCAAUAAAUCAACAAUACCUCAACUGUCCAACCAAUAAACCUUCAUAUGAUUGGUUCACUCCAAAAUUUUCAGAUAAUAAUUUUCCAUCAAGAAUAAGUUCAAAUAUUUAUCUUGGCUCAGUUGAUCAUGCUUCCUCAGCAACAGUAAUUAACAGUUUGGAAAUCAAUGAUAUUAUAUCAAUUGGUGAAUUACCUACUUGGUGGAUUUUAUUAAAUAAACUAAUAAUUUUUGAUUUUGAAGAAGAACUCAAUAUUUUUCCAAAUGUAAUUAAAAUUACUCCGAUUUAUUCAUUUGGUAAAUCUCAUUUAUAUGAAGUUGAUAUGACUGAAAUAUCAAUUCCAUUCCAAUACAGAAAAUUAAUACCUAAAGUUAAGUCGUUUAUUUAUUUGCAUAAUUUUAAUGACGAUGGAAAAGAUAGCUUAUUGAAUUUAUUAAUUGAUGCUCCAACAUUUAUACAAGAUAAGGUAUUGUUAGGUAACAGCAGCUCAUUAAAUUCCAAAAAAUCAUUAAUUCAUUGUAAGAUAGGUGUUUCCAGAUCAGCAACAAUCUUGAUUGCAAGUUUAAUGAAAAAAUUUAGAUUGAGCUUAUUACAAGCUUACAUGGCUAUACGAGUACUAAGAUUCAACUUUAUAAUUCAACCUAAUUUAAAAUUAUUUUAUGAUUUGUACAUGUUUCAAAAUUAUUUAGGUGUUUUGGAUCAAGAUCGAAAUAUGAAAAAAUGGAAUUUUGAAUUCAUUUGUAAUGAAAUCCAUAAAUUAAAUUUACAUCAUUAUGGAUAG